ACCGGCCAUAGAUGACCGGCGGUGACCUUUGUGCGUUUAUGGCACGGUCCUCCACCGUUGUUCAUGGUGAUGUUUUUUUGUUUUUCGUGUGUUUUGAAGCCAUGAUGGCGGCGCUCACGAUAUACCACGGAGGAAGGCGAUACACGAAUCGCUGUCUAUCGGUGCUAUCGGUGUAUGUUCGUUUACGCUGAGCCGCCCUAAUAGAGACACGGCAUGGUCGCUCGCAUCAUCACUGUGCUGAGGUUUUACGUGUCAGGGUUCCUUAUUAAUCUAAAUAAUCAGCGCACCCGCGUCACGUUUAUGGUUUUCGCUUCGAGGAAGAGCUGCCGGAAGGAGAGCUUGGUUUCAUAGUAUCAUCAUGCUGGCCUUUUGCUCUGCGUAUGGCUGUACGAGCACCGCUGGACGAAACGAUAAGGCCUUCGCAGCAGAGCCAGCUCAUGAAGCAGCACCAGGUCUGCAUCACGAGUUGGGAAAGGCUGCAGAAACAUCACCGGAGCCAGCAUGUGAGCCAGGCUAUGUCGCAGAUAAAUCUGUUCAAAUGCGACUAAAAACCCGCCACGAAGCAUCACAAGCUGUUGAAAAGAAAAUUUUAUCAACAAGUGCUACGCAAACAGAGCCUCGAGCUGUUUCUUCAGGUUCAUUGUCCUUUGUGGCCCUGAGGCAGCCUUCUCCAAUGGCGUCUAUACGAGUCCAACUCCAUUCGUGCCAGAAAUGCACCUAUGUGAGCAUGACCAAGUCAACUAUGAACGCCCACCUUAGGAAACACAAGGGCGAGCUCCCCUUCCAGUGCCACUUGUGUCCUGCUGCAUUCACUCAGGCCUCCAAUCUAAUGAUUCACUUGCACACACACGCAGGAAAGCUUCCCUUCUCCUGCGUUCACUGCAAUGCAUCCUUUUUGCAGAAAAACGACCUCAUGAAACACUUUCGGACACACUCGAAAGAGCGACUCUUUUUCUGUGUACACUGUGAUGCAUCGUUUGUGAUGAAAAGUAACCUUGUUAGGCACAUGGCCAUUCACACAGCAGGGUGUUCUUUCACCUGUGUCCACUGCAAUGCAUCCUUUUCACGGAAGUACUCGCUUUAUGAACACAUGCGCUCUCACACUGAAAAGCGUCCCUUUUACUGCGUUCACUGCAAUGCAUCCUUUCCGCGGAAGUACGCCCUCCUUGAACACAUGCGCUCUCAUACUGGAGAGCGUCCCUUUUCCUGCGUCCUUUGCAGUGCAUCGUUUGCCUUGAAAUCCCACUUCAAUCGGCACAUGCGCCUUCACUCUGGGGAGCGCCCUUUCUCGUGUGAGCACUGCAAUGCAUCUUUUGUGCAGAGAAACCAACUGGUGAGACACAUCAGCAAGCACACAGGAAAGCGUCCCUUUCCUUGUGUUCACUGCGAUGCGUCCUUUCUUUCUAAAGGUGAACUCGUGGAGCACAUGCGCCGUCACACGGGAGAGCGUCCCUUUUCUUGUGACUACUGCACUGCAUCAUUUUUCCGAAAAAGUAACCUCAUUGUACAUAUCCGCACCCACACUGGAGAACGUCCCUUCCCCUGUAGUCACUGCGGUGCAUCUUUUGCACAAAAAGGCCACCUCACGAAGCAUCUGUCCUGUCGUCAUGCAAUGAAUAUAUUAUAAAUUUGACGAGCCUAGCUUCUUUUAAAAAGGCACUAAAGAGAAAAAAUAUAUUUUUUUUUGUAUAAUAUAGUGUAGUACAUUUCCACAAUUCCAAAAACGCCAGUUUUACCACGGUGCAAGGUUUGGUAAACAAGUAAGCAUGUGAGAAAGAAAUGCAGGUAGAAAUCUCACUUUGAAAUUUCCUCACGAAACGUCUUGACAUCAUAAAUUUUGAUGCCAUCUUCUAAGUCUUACAUCAUUCCUAAUCAAUAAAAAGGAAGUACAUGUAAACACCUAAAAUAGAGAGUUUCAGAAAAAUUCCUUGAGCCAGUGUUGCGAAAAUAUGCAAAACAAAUCUUGAAACCAGUGGCAUCACGUGCAAUUUCGACGGAAAUUUAAAAAUUACAUCUCAGCUUUGAUUUUCUCUUUUAAAAAUGAACCUAUGAAGAUGCAACUUUUGACACUGGAGUUCUCAGUGUAGAGCUUAUCAUUAUUAAUUGUUUCCCCUUAGUAUUCUUUUAAAUGUAUAAUAAUAUAAAAUUUCAAGUCCGAGAUGCCGCCUUCCUAUGAUAGCUUGAUAUGCAUAAGUUUUUUUGGUGAAGGCCAAAUCAUGUCCGUUAAGUGGACGUUAUUUUAUUUUGAAGGUGAACAGCGUACUCAGGCUCAAUGAAGCAUUCAGCACCCUGUGACAUCGACAGUAGUUUAACGCGUUCAGCAGGACCUGGAGCCAUGUCCCAUGGGUUAGGAUAAAGAUAAUGUCGACGGUCGCAGUAUUAUCAUGAUGCUCACUGACGGUGAUGCCUGGCAAUGGCUUCACUUCGGCUAUAGUGUACUAUGACUUCAGUUGUUUGGGUUAGUUUGUCUCAAGUCAUGUGUCUUCACCACGUCACAUCGAAUGAUUUGUCGUGUGCUCCUCAUGGUGCGAUAAAUGGGAGUCACGAUCUCAAAUGCAUAAACGUGCCAGCAUGUCAUUAGACAGUGGUGUGUUGCUUACGCCGCUGGUGUUUCAAGUACCGCAACAAUCUGUGGCUUGGUCACAAAAACUCCCAAAAAUCGUUUACAAAAGCUUCCAGGUCGGAGUGCACAUGCAAUUAACGUCUAUCUAAGUACAGACUGUACGGCUUGUCUGAUGUUCAUGGUGACAUGGGCAAGACGGACAUCUUACUGGUGACUGGACAUGUGGAGCAUGAACAGCGUGUGCGUGGGUUUUGUAUGCGUGCCCGGUUGAAUGCAAAAAUCAAUGGACGUGAGCAAAAUUAUGAGCAGUGCGGAUGGAUGUUGUGUUUUGCAUGGAAUAAAUCAUCCUUAGCCAUCAUACUGCUUAUUCCUCACGUUGGCUUCACAUAAUAAAUAGAGUCGAUACUUUCAAUGCAAA